AUGGAUAGGAAUGCACUCAGAUCUCUACGUCAAGAUAAAUUGAUCGUAAUCACAUGGCCUGAUAAAGUACCGAAACGUUUAGCAAACAAUAAAAAACAUACGAUGGAAAGUAAUAAAAAAUUAACAAACUAUUUAGCAAAUCAACUUCGUACACAAAGUAUAGCUCAAACCAAAACUAUGGAGAACACAAAAUACUUGCAUUGUAAGCUAUUUGGAAUAAAAAGGAAUUUUCUGUACAAAUUAGUCAAAUUAAAUGAACAAACAGAGUUUUUGAAGAAAUGCAAAGUUGAAAGUUUAAUACCAAAGGGUUUUAGGAUUAAGCCACCAGGAUUUCAUGGAAAAGGCGUGAUGAAUAUAUGUAACGAAACAAGUAACAAACUUAUAAAUAACACAAUUCGAAAUGAAUCAAUGGGUUGUUCACUUUCACCCUUAUUGGCAGAUCUUGUAAUGAAUUACUAUAUCGAUAAAAACUGGAAUCAUCAAGAGUUUCCAGUCUCUAUGUUGAGUGGGUACGUUGAUGAUUUAAUAGUGGUAUCUGAACUAAUGGAGAACGUUUAG